AUGAGCAAUAAAAAUCCUAUAAUGUAAGACAAUGCCUAAACUAAUAAUUCUUUGAUUAAAGAAAAUGAUUCAAAAGUUAUGAAUAAUAAAAGUUAAGUGCAGUAAUUAACUGAAGAAUAGAAAUAGUAACAAGUAUAAUGCUUAAUUCCAUAUUUAAGAUGGAUUAAUUUAAGAAAUUUUUACAAUAAACAGGCAUAUCAGAUGCAUUUUAAGUUAUUUUUGCUGAGAUAAUAGAUAAAAAAUUAAAAGAGGAGGAUAGUUACAAAUAUACAGCUGAUAGAUUAAGAGAGAUUGGAAAAGGUUUGAGUUCAGAAUAAAUGGUAAUUUAAUUAUUAAUUUUAAACUAGAAAGCAAAAGCUGAGAUGUAAAAAAAAGAAUUAGCAGAAAAAAUGAAAAAAAAAUGAGU